AAGCGGAAGCCGGAAGCGCAGUCAAAGGAGCGAUGGCAGCCGGUGGCGGUCUGAGCCGCUCGGAGCGCAAAGCAGCCGAGCGGGUCCGGAGGCUGCGGGAGGAGCAGCAGCGGGAGCGCCUCCGCCAGGUGUCACGCAUCCUGAGGAAGGCGGCUGCGGAGCGCAGCGCGGAGGAGGGCCGGCUCUUGGCCGAGAGCGAGGACCUGGUGACGGAGCUGCAGGGUCGGAGCCGGCGACGGGAGGGCCUCAAGCGCCGCCAGGAGGAGGUGUGCGAUGACCCGGAGGAGUUGCGGAGGAAGGUCCGCGAACUGGCCGGAGCUGUCCGAAGUGCCAGACACUUGGUUGUCUACACAGGUGCUGGGAUCAGCACGGCAGCUUCUAUCCCAGAUUAUCGGGGUCCUAAUGGAGUGUGGACACUGCUUCAGAAAGGAAGGCCAGUGAGAGCUGCUGACCUGAGCGAAGCGGAGCCCACCCUCACCCACAUGAGCAUCACCCGUCUGCAUGAGCAAAAGCUGGUGCAACACGUGGUGUCCCAGAACUGUGACGGGCUCCACCUGCGGAGUGGGUUACCACGGACCGCCAUCUCAGAGCUCCACGGGAAUAUGUACAUUGAAGUCUGCACCUCCUGCAUCCCCAACAGAGAGUAUGUCCGGGUGUUUGAUGUGACUGAGCGUACCGCCCUCCACCGACACCUGACAGGCCGGACCUGCCAUAAGUGCGGGACCCAGCUUCGGGAUACGAUUGUGCACUUUGGGGAGAGGGGGACCUUAGGGCAGCCUCUGAACUGGGAGGCAGCGACUGAGGCCGCUAGCAAAGCAGACACAAUCCUGUGUUUAGGGUCCAGCUUGAAGGUACUAAAGAAGUAUCCCCGCCUCUGGUGCAUGACCAAGCCUCCAAGCCGCCGGCCCAAACUCUACAUUGUGAACCUACAGUGGACCCCGAAGGAUGACUGGGCUGCCCUGAAGCUUCAUGGGAAGUGUGAUGAUGUAAUGCAGCUCCUCAUGGACGAACUGGGCCUGGAGAUCCCUGUGUACAGUCGGUGGCAAGACCCAAUCUUCUCCUUGGCGACUCCCCUCCGUGCUGGUGAAGAAGGCAGCCACAGUAGGAAGUCACUGUGCAGAAGCAAAGAAGAGGCCCCACCUGGGGACCAGAGCCUCGCCCUGACCUCAGCUGCCCCCAUUUUAGGAGGCUGGUUUGGCAGGGGCUGUGCCAAGCGUGCAAAAAGGAAGAAAGCAGCAUAGCCCUUCAUUGACCAAGAACAGUUGGCACUUUGCAGAUGGCUUGACCCUUGUUCAGGGGCCCGUGUCAUCGCGAAGGGAGAGCGCCCCACCAGAUACAGCGGAAAGAACUAUGGGGGGGCAGCACUUCAUGGUGACAGAAGUCUUUAGCCAUUCGUCUUUGUGGAAAGCCUCUCUUGCACUGCUGUGGUCAUCCCACUACGGGCUUGAUCUUCAAGGACACCUCCUCCCUCCUAUUCACCCCCGGACAAAGGUGGCAGCAAGGCCUUCGUGAGAGGCGCUCCAGCCUUUCCCAGGCCUGUCCAGCAGAAGAGUCCACCUCUGCCUUACCUCACUUUCCAGGCUAGUCUCAGGGCCUUCCUCUUUCUACUACUUAUUACUUCAAAGUGUUCACUUUAUAGAAACCUUUUUCUGUAUUGGGUAUGCGGCACAGGGAGGAGCUAAGCCUCCAGUCUGAGCAAGUCUUAUUAAACAUCUCUCUAUUG